UCUAUGACUACAAUCACGUGACAAUUUUCCGUACUUUUGAGAAUUCAAAAUUGUUUUUGUUGUUUAUAAUAUACAUUUUUACAAUGAAUUCUGAAGAAUCGCAAACACACUGUAAUACCAUAAGCCAAAAAGAAUUUUAUUCACAGAUUUUUCAGUGUGUGGCGUAUAUAACACAUAAAUGCCCAGUUGUUCAACAGUUGUUUUUAAAAUGGAGUAAUUUGACACUGAAAGAAAAAUAUUUACUAAAGUAUAUAACUUUUUUCGUAGACGACCCUGGAAAAACUAAUUCCUACAUUCCUAUUUUGGAAGGAUUUAACUAUUGGAGUAAUCUUCAAGACAGAGAAGGCGCUUGUGGAUUCAGAGAAAAUCCUUUUACCUUCACGUUCUCUUUGGAAGAUGAGAAGAAGAUAUUCCAGCUAAUAAUAAUUAUCGAUAAUAUCGUAACGAAUAUAGCACUACGAUCGACUUUAUGCGAGGAAAUUAAAAAAUCAGGAUUAAAUAAGAUCUCGAAGGAGGAAACCAUAUGUGAACAAGGCGAUCGAUAACCACAAACUUUUAUUAUUAAAUAUGUAAAUUUUUAGAAUUAAUACUCAAAUAUACUUUGAUUUUGUAUA